AUGUGGAAUAUAGCUGAAGGCUGUAUAAUUAAGGGCAAUGGAAAAGAUGGAAUCCAGCACGUUCCCCCCGGCUACCUGGACGUGGUCUCUAGUUUCGGAUCGGCGACAGCCUCGGGGGAACCCCGGCACGAGGCCUACAUCUCCAUGGAGGGCUACCAGUCUUGGACUCUGGCUAACGGCUGGAACGGGCAGGUGUACUGCUCCAAGGACCAGGCCCCAGGCUCCCACUUCUGGAAGUCCUCUUUCGCAGGGGACGUUGCACUAAACCAGCCAGAUCUGUGCGUGUACCGGCGCGGGCGGAAGAAGCGGGUGCCUUACACGAAGCUGCAGCUGAAGGAGCUGGAGAGCGAAUAUGCCCUGAAUAAAUUCAUUAACAAGGACAAGCGGAGGCGGAUUUCUGCAGCCACCAACCUCUCUGAGAGGCAGGUCACCAUCUGGUUUCAGAACCGCCGAGUCAAAGACAAGAAAAUUGUUUCAAAACUGAAGGAAGCCGUUUCUUGA